AUGGACGCCGCUUCGGUGAUCGGCUGUUUCCGGGACAGGAGCAUCGUCAUCACUGGCUCGACGGGCUUCCUUGGGAAAUUGCUGGUGGAGAAGAUACUAAGGGUCCAGCCGGACGUGAGGAAGCUCUACCUUCUUGUACGCGCACCAGACGCCGCAUCCGCCCAGCAUCGUGUGCUCACGGAGGUUGUUGGAACAGAACUCUUUGAUGUUCUGCGAAGCAAGCACGGAGCUGAUUUCAACUCUUUGAUGAAAGACAAAAUUUUCCCUUUAGCUGGAGACAUGGUGUGCGAAAAUUGUGCACUCCCAAGCUCUACGAUUGAGCAGAUAUCCAAGGAAAUUGAUGUCAUUGUCAGUGUAGCUGCAACUACUAGCUUCUACGAGAGAUAUGAUGUUGCUUUGGCAUCAAAUGCCUUAGGGGUCGCCCAUGUGUGCCAUUUAGCAAACAAGUGUGGUAAUCUCAAAAUGCUCCUUCAUGUUUCAACUGCUUUCGUGGCCGGUGAUCAAGAAGGCUUGUUAAUGGAGAAACCAUUCAAAUCAGGUGAAUCACUAAGGAAAGGUUACAAUUUGGACAUUCAAGCUGAGAUAAAGCUAGUUGAGAAUUUCAAGUCAAAACUCAGGAUGCAGUCCUCUAAUGACAAGUUAGAAAAGAAGAAAAUGAAGGAACUUGGGUUGAAAAGGGCUAGGCACUUUGGUUGGCCUAACGUGUACUCACUCACAAAGGCUUUAGGGGAGAUGUUGCUUGCUAACUUAGGACGAGACCUUCCGGUUGUCAUAGUCCGCCCCAGCAUCAUACUCAGCACUUUCCAAGAUCCAAUGCCUGGAUGGAUAGAGGGGACUAGGACAAUUGAUAUGUUGUAUGUUGCCUACAAUGACCAAAAACUUCCAUGUUUCAUCGCCGACCAUAAUGUCAUAAGUGAUAUGAUACCCGGAGACUUGGUGAUUAAUGCAAUGAUGGUUUCCAUGGCCAUUCAUUGGGACCAGCACGGAGGUCAAGCAAUUUACCAUGUGACCUCAGGCCAUCGGAAUCCUCUGAACUAUUCUAUUACAGAGGAAUCACUUUAUGAGUACUUUCAUGCAAAUCCUCGUGUAUCCAACGGUGGGAGGAUUGUCAAGAAUAAAAGGGUGCUCCUUUUCAAGAAAUACACACAUUUCCAUUUAUACAUGAUCCUACGGUAUAAGAUAGCAUUAGAGACGUUGCAUGUGAUGAGUGUAUUUGGGGGUUCAUUUUCCAAGAACUACAAUAAGCUGAACCGCGGCUACAAUUUCUUGAUGCUUGUCGCCAAGUUGUACGCUCCAUAUGUCUUCUUUAAAGGGUGCUUUGAUGACACGAACAUGAGGAAGCUAUGGGCGACCACUACGGACAAGCUAAAUGAGGAUUCCAUGUUUGAUUGUGAUCCUGCCUGCAUCAACUGGAGCUCGUACCUCGUGAACACACACAUCCCGGCUGUUAUGGUGAAUUCACGCAAUGCUAACCACAUGAAGAAAGCCAACAAGAUUGCAUAA